UUUGAAGAUGAGGACCAAACUUGAUGGUCGCAUUCGCACUCAAAUUGAAAAUGGAGUGGCCAGUGGACAUCGAUCGAUGUUCGCGGUAGUUGGUGAUAAAGCAAGGGAUCAAGUUCCUAUUCUUUAUCACAUUCUAUCAAAGUCCACAGUUUCUGCUCGACCAAAUGUUCUCUGGUGCUACAAAAAAGAGCUUUCAUUUUCAACACAUCGUGCGAAGAAGGCAAAGAAAAUGAAGAAGGCCACAACAACAAUUUCCGGAAGUCUGCCAGAUGCUGAUCCGUUUGAUGUUUUCAUUUCUUCAACGCAGAUUCGAUACUGUUAUUAUAAUGAAACUGAGAAGAUUUUAGGAAAUACAUUUGGAGUUCUCGUCCUGCAGGACUUUGAAGCAAUGACGCCAAAUCUUCUUGCGAGAACCAUCGAAACGAUUGAAGGAGGUGGAAUGGUCAUUCUUCUGAUGCAAUCCGUUCGUUCUCUUCGUCAACUUUACACAAUCUCCAUGGAUGUUCACAAUAGAUAUCGUACGGAGGCUCACAAUGAGAUUACAGCUCGCUUCAAUGAAAGAUUCAUUCUGUCAUUGGCUUCAUGUUCGUCAGUUCUGGUUCUUGAUGAUCAACUGAGAGUUUUGCCGAUUUCCAGUCACAUUGAGAAUGUCGAAGCGAUUCCAGCAUCUCAAAAGAAAAUCCAAAGCGAAUCAGAUGCAGAACUUGCCAGUUUGAAAGAAGCAAUGAAAGAGACAAAACCAAUCGGACCAUUGCUUUCUCGUGCUCGUACUGCUUGUCAAGCCAAGGCUCUUCUCCGUUUUCUCGACGUCAUCACAGAAAAGCAAUCGAAUGUCACUUGCUCUUUGACCGCUGGUCGUGGACGUGGAAAGUCUGCAGCCGUUGGACUCUCCUUGGCUGGAGCUAUUGCUUUUGGAUACACAAAUAUUUUUGUGACGUCUCCAUCACCGGAAAACUUGAAGACAUUGUUCGAGUUUGUUGUCAAAGGAUUCGAUGCACUGGAUUAUCAAGAACACACUGAUUAUGAGCUUAUUCAAUCAGCAAAUCCGGAAUUCAAAAACUGUUUGGUUCGAAUCAAUGUGUUCCGUGAGCACAAACAGACUAUUCAGUACAUUAGCCCCACAGAUGUGCAGAAACUUGGUCAAUGUGAACUGAUCGUAAUUGAUGAAGCCGCUGCAAUUCCCCUGCCUCUGGUCAAGGAGCUGAUUUCUGGCCCAUACAUCUCGUUUUUAUCUUCUACAAUCAAUGGAUACGAAGGAACCGGUCGUUCAUUAUCUCUGAAACUUUUGCAACAACUCCGCCAACAGUCUGCUGGAGGAGAAGCAAAGGAAGGUAAAAGUGCGUCGAACAAAGGAAAAACUCUUCACGAAAUGCACAUGGAGGAAAGUAUCAGAUACAAGCCAGGAGAUAAGAUCGAAAAAUGGCUCAAUCGACUUCUCUGCCUUGACGCCACCAACUGCCAGCUGAAACUUGAGUGUGGAACACCUCCGCCAGCCGCCUGCGAGCUGUACAUUGUAAAUCGAGACACGCUUUUCUCAUUCCAUGACGCAUCUGAAGCCUUCCUGCAACAAGUCAUGGCAAUCUUUGUUUCUGCGCAUUACAAGAACAGUCCAAACGACUUGCAAAUGCUUUCCGAUGCUCCAGCUCACAAUCUGUUUGUUCUGAUGGCUCCAAUUGACAAGUCACGAAAAACGAUUCCUGAAGUCUUGGCUGUGGUCCAAGUUUGUCUAGAAGGUCGCCUCGAUUCUGAUAAUAUUCAAAAUGGACUUGAAAGUGGAAAACGAGCAGCUGGAGAUCUCCUUCCGUGGACAGUUUCCCAACAAUUCAUGGAUAAGCAGUUCGGAACACUUUGUGGUGGAAGAAUUGUUCGUGUCGCUGUACAUCCAGAUUAUCAGUCAAUGGGAUAUGGUGGUCGUGCUGUUCAAUUGAUUGAGCAGUACUAUCUUGGAUUGGCAACCUCUUUGGACGAAGAAGAAAAAGCACCAGCUCCGCCAUCUAAAACAGUGAUUAAGCAAGUGAAGGAUGGCCAUACCGUUGAACUUCUUGAAGAGCGUAUUGAACCCAGAGCUGAUCUUCCACCACUGCUUCAACGUCUCGAUGAAAGAAAGCCUGAAAGAUUAGACUAUUUGGGCGUAUCAUUCGGACUCACUGUUCCACUUUUAAAAUUCUGGAAGCGAAACGAGUUUGUGCCAGUUUACAUUCGUCAGAAUUCGAACGACAUUACCGGAGAGCAUACUUGUAUUAUACUGAAAGGACUCGAACACGGAGGAUCUGAUAGUGAUGAAGAACCAUCUGCCACUUGGCUGCCUGUGUAUUGGCGUGAAUUUCGUCGCCGUAUCGUCAAUCUACUUUCAUUUGACUUUUCCUCGUUCCCGGCUCAAAUGGCACUUUCUCUUCUCCAACUCAAGAAUAAGCAUGUCGAAAAACAGAUGAAACGGCUUGUAAUUGAACGUUCCGAGUUGGCAAUUCAUCUUUCAAACACUGAUCUUCGACGAAUGAGCCAAUAUGGACGAAAUAUGGUUGAUUCUCAUAUUAUCACUGAUAUUCUCCCAAUCGUUGCAAAAUUGAACUUCGAACAGAGAUUGCCACAAGAGUUGAAAUUAGCUGUAACUCAAUCUGCAAUUCUUCUUGCUCGUGGUCUGCAACACAAACAUUUCGAAGAUAUUUCCAAAGAGUUGGAUCUUCCAAUGAAUCAGAUAUUCGCUUUACUGACAAAAGCGAUUCGGCGAAUCGGAGAUUGGUUCGAUGAAGUUUGUGAGACAGCAGUUAGAGAAAAUCUCGAUAAAGAAGCUGAAGCAUCUGCGGCGAACAAGCCAACAUCAAGUCUCCCGAAAGCUGUGCCACUUGCCAAUUUGGAAGAUGAGCUCGAGUCGGCUGCCAAAGAGAUUCGUGCUCGUCACGAUAGGGACAGAAAAGCACUGCUCGCUGAGCUUGGAAACGAAUUGCAAAAGUAUGAGAUUAUACAGGACGAGAAAGAGUUGGCUGAAGCUUAUGAAUCUGUUAAUAUGAAAUAUGCAAACAAAUUGGUCAGCGUUAAGAGCAAACGAACUGCUAUCCAAGCCGCAAUUCCUGAUGCAAAAGAUCCGGCGAAUAAAAAUGCCAAAAAGAAGAAGCGCUUCUCGUCUGGUGGACGCCGUUGAUUUCUAUAUCAAGUUUUUAAAAAAAAUAUCCACGCGUUGUUAAUUUUUCAUCGUUUACCACUUUCUGUUCUUGAAAUCUUUGUUGUUUUGUUAUUUGUUAUGUCUGUUUAGAAAUUAUGAAACUUUUCAAAGCAC